UUGUCCUAUCGUGUUUCUACUUCCGGUUUGGCCGGUGUGGAAGUUCCUACAACUUGAUAAAAUUAUCAAAGGGACUAUAGGUUACGAAGUAUUUCCAGUUUAUAGAUGGAUUCGGCACCCUCAAUAGAGACUGUAAAUCAAGCGUUGCAAGCUCUCUACAACAACCCCGAUGUUACUGGAAAAGAGAAGGCUUCCGUAUGGCUUGGAGAGCUGCAGAAAUCCGUAUUUGCCUGGCAAAUAGCAGACCAGCUUCUGAGAGUGAAUCAAAGCUUGGAGUCAUGUUACUUUGCAGCUCAAACGAUGCGUACAAAGAUCCAGUAUGCCUUCAACGAACUGCCAGCAGACUCCCAUCAGUCGCUCCGAGAUUCCCUUCUAGAACACGCUUCAAAGAUAGCCCCGGGCACCCCGCCCGUGAUUGUCACACAGCUGUCCCUGGCUCUGGCAGAUCUAGCCCUGCAGAUGGCGACGUGGAAGUCGGCGGUGUUGGAUUUUGUGGAGCGGUUCAGUAAGGAACACAUGGGGUUCUUACUAGAGCUUCUCACAGUCUUGCCAGAGGAGAUCAACAGUCGUUCGUUGCGUCUGGGUGCCAACCGGAGAAAGGAGAUCACAGACGAGCUGAUCACAGCGUGCCCCACGGUCAUACAGAUGCUGACACACGUGAACACGAGUGCGGCGAGUGAGGAAGAGCGCGACCAGCGGGCCCGCAGCAAGACGUACAAGGUGUUGGGCAGCUGGUUCAGCGUGGGGGCCAUGCCGCAGGAAGUGCUCCUCUCCACACCGCUCAUGAACUUCCCCUUCCAGGCUUUGGCCAACAUCCACUGUCCGCCGUUUCUCCACGAGGCUGCCACAGAUUGUAUUUGUGCUGCCCUCUACUGCACCGAGGUGCCUCAACUACUGCCGAGUGUUUACGGAGCUGGGGGAGUCUCUAUUUAACAUGCUGAUCAGUUCCCCCAAUGAGGGCCUGGGCUCCUUCCAGUUGGUGGAUCUUCUGCUUAUGUGUGUGGGACAUCAUCUCUACGAGGUGGGAGAGAUCACGUUCAACUUCUGGUACCGUUUGUCGGAGGCACUGUACCAGCGCAACACGCAGGAGCUGACGGAUCUCUUCAAGCCCUACAUCCAGAACCUGGUGCUGUCCCUGUGCCAGCACUGCCAGAUGGACGAGGACCAUGAAGGUGUGCCCGAUGACAGUGGUGACUUUGGUGAUUUUCGUGUGCGCGUUUCAGAGCUAAUCAAAGACGUCGUGUUUAUUGCUGGGUCUUCUUCGUGUUUUAUACAGAUGUUUGAAAGUUUGAAGUCCCCAAAGUCGUCGAGCUGGUCCAUGUGUGAGGCCUCUCUGUUCAUCAUGACCGCAGUGGCCAAGAACAUUUUACCGGAAGAGAACGAGAUCGUGCCUCAAGUGGUGGAGGCCAUCCUGGCCUUGCCCGAGACGACACACUUGGCCGUGCGCUACACCAGCAUCCAGCUGCUGGGAGAAUUGUCUGAGUGGAUCGAACGACACCCGCAGCUCUUAGAUCUGAUCCUACGUUACCUGCUGGUGGGCCUGCAACAGCCUGUGCUUGCGUCCAUCGCGGCGCGGUCACUCCAGAGCAUCUGCACCCAGUGCCGCGACCAGAUGACCAGCCACUUCCAGGGCCUCAUGCACAUUGUCCAGUCCAUGGAGACCUUUAACCUCUCGCCUGACGCUGCCAUUGGACUCCUCAAAGGUACAGCCACCAUUCUAGCCCUGUUGCCAGCGGAAAACAUCGGCGAAGCUCUCGGCCAGAUCUGUGCCUGUCAGGUCUCGCAGUUGGAGAAAUUGAUCAACGAGGGCAGUAGUCAGGUGAAGCAGGGAGCUGCCAACGACCCGUCGGUGUGGUUAGAUCGUCUUGCCGCCAUAUUUAGACACACAAACCCGACAGUGACCAAUGGAGAGGUACAUCCGUGCCAGGCUGUCAUCUUAGAGGUGUGGCCCGUGUUGUCCAAGGCGUGCGAGAAAUACCAGGCGGACGACCGGAUCAUCGAGCGGUGUUGUCGCUGUAUCCGCUUUGCCAUCAGGUGCCUGGGGAAGAACUCGGCCACUCUGCUCACCCCGCUGGUCACUCAGAUGGUGAGUCUGUACCAGAGCCACCAGCACUCGUGCUUCCUGUACCUGGGCAGCAUCCUGGUGGACGAGUACGGCGGGGAGGCUGGCUGUGUGCCGGGGCUGCUGGACAUGUUGCAGGCGUUCUGCGGGCCCACGUUCAAGAUCCUGGAGGAGCAUAAUGGGCUGAGGAACCACCCAGACACUGUGGACGAUCUAUUCAGGCUAUGCUUGAGGUUUAUCCAGCGUACCCCGGUGGCCUUCCUACAGAGCGCCAUGGCUAAGCCAAUCAUGUGCUGCGCCAUCGCCGCCUGCUCCCUGGACCACAAGGACGCCAACGCCUCCGUCAUGAAGUUCCUCACUGAGAUGAUCAUGUGUGUGCGCCAGAAGGAGGAGCGGGAAGACUUUGAGCUGCGUAAGUCGCUGGUGAAGAAACUGGUGGAGGACCACGGUCAGUCUCUGGUCAUCGCUCUGAUCAACGCCAGCCUCUUCUGCCUGCCCACCUUCAUGUCGGCCGACGUCAGCGAGGUCCUCUACGAACUCAUGCUCAUCGACAGACCCACGUUCUGCGUGUGGCUGGAGCACACACUCAAGGCCCUACCCACAGAGAGCAGCGGCGGGGCUGUCACCGCCACCAAGAAACAGCUGGCAGACUUCCACAAGACGUGUACCAGUGCGGAGGACCUGAAGCAAGUGAGUUCGGCGGUGCGUGACUUCUGCCGUCUGUACAGAUAGUGAUGGGACGGUGCCUCUAGCCUGUGAUCUGCUGUCGCGUGAUUGAUUUGCCACGGUGUACAGUCGACCUGUGUACGGUCAUAGUCAAACUGCAUGCUCUUAUAUAGGACUUAAUUAAAGCCUGUGCUGAAAUACUCCCCUUCCCCUCCCCCUCCUCCAUCUUGUCAUGUGACUGCAGCGACUCGCGACUUGCGACCCAAGGGUGGAGCAGAGGAUCACCUGGUGUGUGUGUACCACUCUCUCUCUGACGUGUGUCGACGCGUGUCGUCAUGUGUCGUUGGGGCCUCUGCCCCCUCAGCUGAGAUUUAUGUAGAUGCAUGUGGUUAUUUUUGGCUCGUCAAUGGCUGAUAUUUAACUCUUUACCUCCUGCUCUAUAUUCCUCGUAAUGCAUGCUUGGGUGGUGUGAGUUGCUGACGGGAAGCAAAGUGUUAAAAUGUAUACAAAAAAACCCAAAAACACACACACACACAAAAAAACAACAACAACACCAGACUUUUGCCAGUGCAUCUUUUCCUGCCAUACACUAGUUAGGGUUCCACUUAUUUGGAUUGUUGUGAGUUUUCUGACAGUCUUGAAAGUUUUGUAAUUUUUUUUUUACUGUUGAACUGUGUAUUUCCCCUGUGUGUUGGGGUGAUGUCAACACGUCCUAUCGGAUGCAAAACAAAACGUUUGGAAAACUC